AUGCUGGGAGCAAUCCUUUCGUCCUACGCUGAGGACGAUGAGAGUCCGUCAGCCCCAACAUCGGCCACAGCGGGAGGCAAGGAUGGUUCAGGUCCCGGCAGUUGGACAGGCUCAGCUUCGAGCAUUCAACCGGAGUUCUCAACCUCGCGCACGAAACCCCCUGUGAACCUCACUCGAUUGCAGAUGUGUUGCCCCACAAUUGUUGGGGCGGGGGACCGAUCCGGUUCCUCGGUGACCGCGCAUGAUCUCUUUGCGAAACCAACAUCGUUCGCGAACUCUUUGCGAACGUCGUCGAGUCUGCCGUUCCCUGUUCCCAAGAGCGAAGGGAAGUUCGAGUCUGCUGUGGGGGGUUCCACGCCUGCGUCUUCACGGGUCCCGAGCGAGGGAGACGGAAAAGGCAAAAGCGACAGCCGACUUCCCGUGCCGCAGGCAGCACCCUCUCCAGACGUUGUGUUGGGGCCCGAUAAUGUGCCGCUUCUCCAGUACGGCCGCGGUGUCUUCACGAAUGCGGAAGAGGAAGACCUCGAGGAAUUUCGACAGCUAAAGCUCCAGCAGCAUCGUCGGAAAAAGGCAAGGGAAAACCUACAUGCGAACUCGUCUCCCGAGGCCGACGGCUUACCGCCGCCGAGCAGCCGCGGGCAAGCGCUGCUUCGGAUGCUUCCCAAGCCCCAAAGCGGGACUGCCGGCGGUGGCGCCCAGGGGGACGGCUGGAACUUGUCAGCACUCCGGCUCGGGCGAGCUAAGGGCUUUGGAAACAAUGGCGAGGGUCCGAGAACGCGUGCGCCAGGGAACGCGUUGAAGCGAGUCAAGGAGAUAGAGGACGGGGCUCGCGACAGGGCGUCGGCAGCAGAUGCCGCCUCAGGUGAACCCGACGGGGCUGUGGAGGCGGAGAACCCACCCAAACAAAGGCGGCUGCUCCUGGAGGUUUCGGACGGUGCCGAGGAGCGGGGCGGUGAUGAGGGGGGAGGCGACGACGAGGGAGACGAAGCGGAGAGUGGGUCAGGCCCCCUGUUUUCUCUCUUCUCAGCGUACAAUGAAGACGACAACGACGAGUCACCGACCGCUGCGCCUGUGAAAACAGAACCCAUCACGCCCUUGCCGGCGCGCGCCGGUGUCGCUGAGCCGUCGGGCGCGCUUGGGUCGGGGUCUCUGAAAACGAACUCCGAAGUCAACACGAUCGCCGAGAUCGCACAGGCCGCAGCCCCGCUCUACGGGCCGGAAGCUCCGAGCGAAGACGUCGUCGCAGCGGAUGUGUGGGGCAGCGCAGCAGACGCAGGACUCGGCACCGACGGAGAAUUUGGCCAGCCGCAAAUGAUGGAAGGCAUGUCUGUGAGAGAGUAUCGAGAGCUGCAGCAAGCACGCGUGGGAGUUCUGUCAGGAGACGCUUUGAGGGACCCAAACUGGCAAAUGAAUGCGCAACUCUACGGGGCGACUGCACAAAAGAAACGGGAAAAACUGACCAUCACGACAAACGUGUGGAGUGCAAAGGACAAGGGCGUCAUCCAAACGCAGGAGCCUCGCGGCAUGCAGAAGCGAAAGCACCAGAUCAACUGGCUGGCGGCGGAGGCCGCGGAGAAGGAGCUGGAGAUGUGGGAGAUGCUCUCGAAGAAUCGACAGAACAAAUACCAAACUGCAAUGAAAUACGGGUGGUAG